CUGGCCAAUUUACGGGCUUAAAGCAGCAGCUGCACAACUGCAUUUCCCUGAGGUACCCAAAGAUCCCGACUCCUAAAAACUUUUGUAGCUCUUGUAAUAGAAGUGGGGCAUCAUGAUUUGGGCAAAUGGUCCAAGUCUCUCUACCAGGUUUCUGAUGUGGUUUCUUCUCCUGUACAUGUUCAUCAGGAAGGUGGUGCCUGAAGACAACAUCGUUACAACCAAGAAAGGCAGAGUCAGAGGGACAAACCUGCAGGUCCUGGGGGGAACUGUGACAGCCUUCCUUGGAAUACCUUAUGGACAGCCACCCAUGGGCAGACUGAGGUUUCAAAAACCAGAACCUCGGGAGAAGUGGUCGGAUGUUUGGGACGCCACAAAACACGCCAACUCCUGUUACCAGCAUAUAGAUACAACUUACCCGGGGUUUGCUGGAUCAGAGAUGUGGAACCCAAAAACUAACCUGAGUGAAGACUGCUUGUACCUUAACGUGUGGGUUCCUUCUCCCAAGCCCAAGAAUGCAAGUGUCAUGGUGUGGAUUUACGGAGGUGGCUUCGAGUCUGGGUCCACUGCCCUGCCUGUCUACGAUGGAAAGUUUCUGGCCAGGGUAGAAAGAGUUGUUGUGGUUUCCAUGAACUACAGGGUCGCUGCAUUAGGAUUUUUGGCUUUGCCAGGAAACCAGGAAGCUCCUGGAAAUGCAGGUUUGUUUGAUCAAAGGUUGGCCCUUCAGUGGGUGCAGGAGAACAUAGCAGCCUUUGGAGGCAACCCAAAAAGCGUGACGAUAUUUGGGGAGAGCGCUGGCUCGGCUUCUGUCAACUACCACCUCCUUUCCCCCAAAAGCCAUCCUUUAUUCACCAGAGCCAUCAUGCAGAGUGGAUCUGCCAAUGCCCCUUGGGCUACAAUCACAGCAUCUGAAGCCAGAAACAGAACAGUGGCUUUAGCUAAACAGCUCCAGUGUCCCACCAGCAACGAGACAGAGCUAAUUCUCUGCCUCCAAGACAAGGACCCGAAGGAAAUACUGGAGAACGAAAUUUUUGCUGUUCCAGGUGGCUCUUUUCUGCAGGUAUAUUUUUGUCCAACGGUGGAUGGCAAUUUUCUCUUAGACAUGCCAGAAAAAUUGAUUGAGAAAGGCCUUUUCAAACAAACACAGAUCUUAGUGGGUGUUAACAAAGAUGAAGGGUCAGGAUUUCUAGCAUAUGGAGUCCCUGGCUUCAGCAAGGAUAGCGAUGGCCUGGUCAAUAAAACCCAGUUUGAGACAGCCUUAACUCUGGCCUUCCCAGGAGUGAGCAAACUUGCAAUAGAAUCCAUAAUCUUUCAGUACACGGAUUGGGAAAACGAGCACAAGCCAGAGCACUACUGUGAUGCUGCGGACGACGCCGUCGGGGACUACAACAUAAUCUGUCCUGUCAUGGAAUUCUGCACAAAAUUCGCCCAGCUGGGAAACAACGUGUUCUUUUACUUCUUUGAACAUCGAUCCUCCAAGCUCCCCUGGCCUGAGUGGAUGGGAGUGAUGCAUGGCUACGAGAUUGAGUUUGUGUUUGGGUUGCCCCUGGAGAGAAAGGUGAAUUACACCAAAGCUGAGGAAAUCUUGAGCCGCUCCAUGAUGAGAGACUGGGCAACUUUUGCCAAAACUGGGGCUCCUAAUGGGACCCUGAUUAAUGGAAUAAGAUGGCCAGCCUUCACCAGCAAUGAACAGAAAUAUUUGACACUAAACACCAGCACUCCAGAGAUCCUGACAAAACUCCGUGCUCAGCAGUGUCGAUUCUGGAAAUAUUUUUUCCCCAAAGUCCUGGAAAUGACAGGAAAUAUUGAUGAAGCAGAACAAGAGUGGAAAGCAGGAUUCCAUCUCUGGAACAAUUACAUGUCAGACUGGAAAAAUCAAUUUAAUGAUUACACCAGCAAGAAGGAGCUGUGCAAGCUCUAAUUAAUAUGUUUACCCUUUCCAGUGUGUCCAUAGAACUGUUCAUCAGGCAAAUAUCCAGGUAGCUUUGUACCACGUCUGGAAUUAAAUGUGUUCUGCAGAUUAAAAACCAAUGUUACAGAUAUAAUUUUGAUUCCUCAGAUCUUUCAUUUAGAUUUUACCUCCUAUCUCAAUAAACAGUGUAUGGCAUCUGUACCCUUUGAAGCUUCACUGGGUUAAAUAGGACUAUAAAGUCUGAAGAUUAAUGAUGUACAUGUUAUUAUAAAUAUUAGCUACUUAGAUUCACACUUCAAAGAAACAAUGUAAUCUGUUAGAGGAAAAUGGAUUUUUUUUUUAAUAGAAAUAGCAGUGGUUUAGAGUGUUACCAUGCAAAACACAGCUGAGUUUGAUCUUUAACUGAAACACCACCACACUUAAAUCUUCUUUCAGACAUAACUGAAUUGCCAUAAACAUAAAGGUACAAUAACUUUGCUGGACACACAAAAUGAUAUUUGUUUGUUGGACAAAAAAGUUUUAGGGCUGCCAUUAGAGCGUGAAUCACUUCCUUCACAGCCAAAUUUGUAGGAGAAAGCCACGGUGGGAGAGGAUUCAAACUAUGUAUUGAAAGCCUAAAUCAUCAGCGAGUGCUGGAGUGAAACAAGGCAGAAAACCAAACACCUCUGCUUCCCCCAUCCUCGCUUUUCAAGGAGUGAGGAACUACAGACUCACAAGUGAUGAACUCACAGCUUUUCCUUGCUCAGGCACCCGCUGACUUCACCUGGUCAAAGUCUCUCCUGUGGAGAUAAGCUCCAAUCAUGACAUUUUUGGUCCACUGAGUUGCCUCCUCGUGGAGGGACAGCCCCGUGGAACACGACAGACAAGUCUCUGCACUUGCAGAACAGGUGGUGGCAGGUUCAGAGAAUCACAGAACGUGCUGAGCUCAAAGGGACCCACAAGAACCCACAAGGAUCAAGUCCAACCCCUGGCCCUACACAGGAACAUCCCCACGGAUCACAGGAAGAAAAUUGUCCAAAUACUUCACCCAAAUGGUUCAUCAAGAACCAGACAUGACAGCCGUGCUCAGCCAGGAGUGGAACCUUGCCAAAAACUGCUCUUGGAGAGGGUUGGGAAGGGCAUCACUGCAGAGGAACGUUGUGCCCUUGGUGGGAAGGACCCAGCUCUGAGCUCUACCUGCCACCUCCCAGACCCCUUUCUGCCUACCUGAGCUGAACCUAUUAGAAGCUUCUAAAAAAAAAAACAAACCCUUGGAUAAUUCGCUUUCCUACUUCUCUGCUUCUGUGAUGAUGGGGCUGGAAUUUUUAUGCCUGAAUAACACCUUAAUUGGCUGCUUUUCACUGGCCCAACUGGGAAGAAUAAAUGCCAAAAAUUUGAUGAACGUAAGUAGUAUGUAAAAGCAACAAGGCAUCUCAUAAAUAAAUUAUCCUGGAGCUCUCUGUAAAUGCAAUAACAUCUCAGUGCAUCUAUUUUCUGUUCUGGUGAUUGCAAGCUUUUGCAAAAUGCCUCUUUGGAUUGAGUAGAGUGAAGAGAUCCAGAUAAUGAACAGAGAGUGUUCUCUUUCUGGCAAUCAGUUUGACCACACAGGAUCCUUGCACUGAGAGGAUUUAUUUAUACAGAAAGGCCAAGUUCUGCAAGAGAUGAUGGCUUAUCAUCUGUUCAAUUAUUUCCAAGAGAACACAAUUAUUUCCUGACUACAUUAUGGGAAACUACCUUUUAGCACAGGAUUUCAAAGGCUGCAGUCAGAGCUCCACAACGAAAAAAAAAUCUGAUUUUUGAACAAGCUGAUCAAACCUUAAAAUUACCUGGGAUUAAAAAGUGCUUUUAAUGCAGCCCUACAUGUUUAUAGCACAGAUAAGUAGCUCAUUACAUAUAUUAGCAUAGUUACUGCUAUUAAUAAUGGCAUGGAGAGCUGUGUCAGUCUAUAGUGCAUUGGGUAUUUAUUGAAUAUUCUUGGUGCUGGUGAUGAGCUGCUGAAAAUAAACACAGGAGGAUGAACUUUCUGUCCAUCACUGAGCAGUUCUGGCACUGCCCAUUUUAUUUCUGGACUUCAUAGAUUUGUUGGGUGCUGAUCUGUCACAAUGAGCACUGACAGCACCAGCAGCACAUUUAAAAGCAUCAUUUGUUUCUUUUGAUAUCCUUUUCUUAGAUAUAUUUCCCCAUCCAUCUGUCUGAUCAGCCUAAUCAAUGAGGAGAAAAAUAUCUGAGCCAAUUAAGAUGUAAAACAACCUUUGGAAAGGACAGGUGGAGAAGCAGUUCAUAAAAUAUUUUGCUGGGAAGGUAUCCUUUUUUUUGAAUAAAACAAAGGUUAAACCACU